AUGGCGAAACCAUCAACACCCACGAUGAAGUUGAAGUGUGCGACCUUCGCAGCAGCUCUCCUCUCCAGCCUCUGUUUCCGCCUCGCCGCGGCGGCGGAUUCCAACUCCAACAACGAUACCAUAACCACCGCCCAGCCUCUCCGAGACGACGGCGAGGCGCUGACUUCCGCCGACGGCACCUACGCCAUGGGAUUCUUCUCCCCCGGGAGCUCGAAAAACCGGUACUUGGGAAUCUGGUACAGACAAAUUCCUGACAUGACCGUAGUUUGGGUAGCCAAUCGGGACAAACCCAUCACCCAAACAGACGCCGCCCUUCUCCAGCUGACCGGCGACGGAAUUCUCCUGCUCCUUAGUCGAAUCAAUGGCACCACCCUCUGGUCGUCUUCUUCACCUUCUUCUCCAUCUUCAGGUUCGUCCCUCCCCGUGGCUCAGCUUCUGAACACAGGAAACCUGGUGGUGAAACCAACACCUCAGGGCGGCGACGAGUUCAUCUGGCAGAGCUUCGACCACCCAACCGACACAUUUCUCCCCGAAAUGAAGCUGGGGAGGAACCUAAUUACGGGCCUGAAUCGCCGGAUCACGUCGUGGUUGUCCCCCGACGAUCCUUCCACGGGGAAUUUCACCUGCGGGAUGGAGCUCGGGGGCUACCCUGAGCUCGUGGAGACACACAAUUCGAUGGGCGAAACGUUUCGGACCGGACCUUGGACGGGGCAGAGUUUCAGCGGGACGCCGCAUUUGAAUCCAAAUCCUGUCUACACUUACAAUUUCGUGUUCACCGAUGAGGAGACUUACUACAUCUACCAUCUCCGCAACAACUCUGUUCUCUCCAGGAUGGUCAUUACUCCGACGGGCGCGAUUCAGAGGUACACAUGGCAGGGGAGCAAACAGGGGUGGGUGGUUUACCUGACAGCGCAGAACGACAACUGCGAUCGGUACGGAGUGUGUGGAGUUUAUGGGAACUGCGACAUCGAGAGCUCGCCGAGUUGCGGUUGUCUCGAUGGGUUUGUGCCCAAGAAUCAGAGGGAGUGGGAUAUGGUGGAUUGGACGAGCGGAUGUGUUCGGAGGACACCGUUGAAUUGCUCUGGAGAUGGGUUUGUGAAGCAUUCGGGGAUUAAGAUGCCCGAGACGCGAAACUCGUCGUGGUUUAACGCAACGAUGAGCUUGGCGGAGUGCAGGGAGGUUUGCAUCAGGAACUGUUCUUGUACCGCUUACGCGAAUUUGGACCUCACCGACGGAGGCACUGGCUGCCUCAUAUGGUUUACUGAGCUGCUGGAUAUCAGGGUGCUGUAUGCCAAUCGUCAGGAUCUCUAUAUCAGGAUGGCAGCUUCAGAAUUGGAUGGCAGUGGCAACUUGAAGAAGGAUGUGCAGAAGUCGAAGAAAGCGGUGUGGAUCGUCUUGGCCUGCACGGUAUCAGCUGGAGUCUUGUUGGUGAGCCUUGGAUUGGUUGUUUGGUUUAAGAGAAAGAAGCAGCGCGAGCAGGAUGGUACAGAUUGUCCGUGUUUCGUUAGUUCAAGUCGAAAGAAAGACGAGCUGGAGUUGCCAUUGUUUGAUCUGGCCACCGUUGCUUCUGCAACAAACAACUUCUCUUCUGAGAAUGUCCUAGGGCAAGGUGGUUUUGGGCUUGUUUAUAAGGGGAUUAUGAGAGAUGGGCAGGAAGUCGCCGUGAAGAGGCUAUCGAAGGAUUCGCUACAAGGAGCAGAGGAAUUCAAGAACGAAGCAACCAACAUCGCCAAACUUCAACACCGUAACUUGGUGAGGCUUCUAGGAUGUUGCAUUCAACGCGACGAAAGAAUGCUGGUUUAUGAGUUCAUGCCCAACGGAAGUUUAGACUUCUUGAUUUUCGAUACAACUCGGAGCCAGGUACUAGAUUGGCCUACGCGAUAUAACAUCAUCAAAGGGAUCGCUCGGGGACUGGUAUACCUUCACCAAGACUCGAGGUUGAGAAUAAUCCACCGCGAUCUCAAAGCCAGCAACAUACUACUGGACUACGAGAUGAACCCAAAGAUUUCUGAUUUCGGGUUGGCAAGAACUUUCGCCGGAAAUGAUUCACAAGGAAACACAAGAAACGUUGUGGGAACCUAUGGUUACAUGUCGCCGGAGUACACAAUCGACGGGGUUUACUCCAUCAAGUCGGACGUUUUCAGCUUUGGAGUGAUGGUGUUGGAGAUAGUGAGCGGGGAAAGAAACAGGGGAUUCCGCCGUCGUGAUCAUGAACUCAACCUCCUUGGCCAUGCAUGGAGCCUGCAGAAGGAAGGCAGGGCUGCAGAGCUAGUAGAUGCGACACUAAGAGGAUCCUGCGACCAGAUACAGGUGCUGAGGCUGGUCCACAUCGGUCUACUGUGCGUGCAGAAGAGACCAGACGAUCGGCCGAGCAUGGCGGCGGUGGUCGUUAUGGUCGGCGGCGAUGGAGACUUGCCGGAACCGACGGAGCCUGGGUUCUUCGUGGCUAGGGAUGUCGUCUAUGAAUCAACUUCUUCUUCGUCGAGUGGAAACAGAGGACCCAGUUCGCAUGCUUCCAUGUCUACGACCCUUGUGCUCCCCAGAUAA